GGCGGUGUCGUAGCAGGUGUGGUCGAUUUGGUUGUUGUCCUCAAGGAGGUAGUUGGGUGGAAGUUGUGGCAUUGCGGGGAAAGCCCCGGAGGUGACUUGGGAAUAGGUGGGACGGAUGGUGGGGAUGGUGGAGGUGGUCAUGAUGGGUUGGGAGAGGGUUUGGGAGUGCGGGGGGGGGGAAGGGGUGACUUUGGUGGGGGAGGAAUGAGGCGGUGUGCUGGAUGCGCCGGAUGAGGGAGGAGGUGGAGGGAACGGAACGAUGGUGGGGAUUGAAGGGUUGGUGGAUAUGGCGGUAGAGGUGGUAGGAGUGGAGGAGGUCGGCGGGGGGGUGUUGCUAGAGGCGGCUGUGGAGGUUGGAGUGGUUUGCACUGUGGAGGUUGGAGUAGUUUGCACUAUGGGGGUUGGAGUGGUUUGCACUGUGGGGGUUGCAGUGGUUUGCGUGGUGGUGACGACCGUGAUGGGGGGGGUGGUCCCUUCGAGCGUGGUGACGCGGUCGCAUAAGGAUGACACGUUGGCCUUUAUGCCGACGAGAGAGGCGGUGACGGAGUUGAGUGCGUGGAGGAUGGCAGAGAGGUCGGGGUUGGCGGUGUUUGCUGGUGGUUGUUCGCCGGCGAGGUUGCGGGUGAUGCUAUCGACUGAGUCGGUGCGGAUGUCAGACAAGUUGAUGGAGGUUGGGGCCAUGUCGGGGGAAGAGGGGGUGGAGGACGUGGCCUGAACGGGGGUGGAAGAUGCAGCAGCAGCGGUGGCGGCGACGGCAGCACAUUGGGAGUUCUUGGUUUGGCGUGGUGGCAUGUGGAGUGUGGGGGGAAAUCCCCUUUUUUUUAUUUAUUAAUAAAUUCAAAAAUAAAGAUAAUCCCCAAGGUUUUUUUUUUUUUUUUUCCAAAAAUAAACGCUGAACAGAAAG